AUGCGAAAAUCGAAAGUAAAAUGUGAUGAACAGAAAAUUACGAUCGUGGAGGACUCACAUGGCGAAAAGAAAUUUAAGAUCGUGGAAAACUUACCUGGCGGACAGAAAUUUAAGAUCGUGGAGGACUCACAUGGCGAAAAGAAAUUUAAGAUCGUGGAGGACUCAGACAGACCGAAGACGAUCAAAAUGGUACUUCCAGUGCGCCAGUGCGUUCCAUGUCCAUGUUCAGCGGCUCCAACUGUUUGUCCACUCGUACCAAUAAAUCAUUGCCCGUGCAACGUACAGAUUGGCCAGUUAUUGCCUUGUCCUGUUUAUUCAGGUCAGUACAACCACUGA